UUCCGGUUCAUUGAGUGGGCGCUUGUUAACAUCCGGUCUACGGUAGAGCGGGUAGAUAACAACUAUGAAGAUUGUCUUUGAGAACUGCUCACCCGUGGAGAUUGCAGUGGCAAAGUGUUCCUGUGUAGCUGGAACAGCACUCUGCAACCACAAUGUUGCACUGCUGUUCCAGACCGCACACUACUCCACACUCAACCUGGCUGCUGUACCCCCUGUCCUCAGCUGCACUGAAACAGAGCAGCGAUGGCACAAGCCAAGAACCAUGGGUGUGAAACCAGGCAGAGUGAGUGACAUGGUGUUCAUUUCCACUAAGCCAAAGCAGUUUACAGUUGCUGAUGGUGUAAGGAGUACACGUUACAAGGCCGUGCGGGGGGAGCUGCCAGACCCAGAUGUCCUCAAAGUCAGCGAGGUAUACAAGGACUUCUCAGCAGACAUCGCACCACUGAUCACCACCAUGGCUAUAAGUGUGGACGUGCCACUGGUUAACUCCACCUUUGGAAAAGUUCAGGAAGGUAGCCCUAUCUCAUACCAGCAUCCACUACCUCUUAGCCGGGUUAUAGUGCGUCACCCAGAUGCCCCUCCACCACCACCUCUACCUGUGGAUGGCUAUAGGCUGGAGCCUACUCCUACUCACAGGGAUGGAGUGGUGCGAUUUUGUCGUUUUUGCAGAGGAGGAUAUCCUUAUACAGCGUAUCUGCAGAGACUGCGAGGUGGCUACAACCAUUAGGGAGAAGGGAGAUUAUUUUUAUUUUUACAUGGACUGAUAUGCACUACACUACAUUAGUGUACCACACUACAUCACACAUUACUGAUCUAACAUGAAUAUUUUCCUGUAUAUAGUUCUUUCAAUUGCUAAAACCAGAACCAAGUGUGUUCUAUAAGUCAAAAAGAUCCUUUAGUCAAAGGACCUAUGUGAGGAAGAAAGGGGUGUUUAUUGGCAGACAUUUAAUGUCA